GAAGGUUUGCACAUGGCAGCUCUCAAGCGCACAGUGUACAAUAUUGAAGAAUUAAAAUCGUCCACAUUUGACGUGUUGAAUCACAUCAAACUAAUUUAGAUCUUUGUAAAGGUUUAAUAAAAGAACACUAUGAAGAGCAGAAGUGGUGGCUACAUGGACCAGCGACUCAAACAGAGAGUUGAGCAGUAUCUGAAAUCCAGCAAUAGGCAGUACGUUGAUGUUUCUGAAAUGGCCGCAGACCUUCAGCGACAGUACCGAUUAGAUUAUGGCAGAAGGAACAAAACAGCUUUUAGGAUACAAGUGGAAAAAGUGCACACAGUGAUAUGUAACGAGUCUGGACUGUCACCUAUGGAAGACAAACACCUGGCUAAAAGAGCAAGAAUUAAAGAGGAUGAUGGUGAGGACAGCAGUGUGCUGAGUGACAGCACAGACAGCGAAGAAGAAAUCUCUGAAAAUGAGAUCACUAAUCACAUGAACAACUCACUGAUGUCCCUGUACUGCAAGGGGAACCCAGAGAAUGGAGCAGCUUUGAUGGAGCAGAGCACCAGCAGCCCAAAUCCAGCCUCUCAGAAGGGUUCAUCAGCCGAGGGCAGCAGUAGAAGUACCCCUCAUCAGUCCACCACCACUGUGUCUGCAGGCGGCUGGUUCAUUGAUAAGACGGGAAGAAAAGAUCAGGAAAACAUCUUAAUUGAUCUGUGUGAGGAGCCCGCCAGCCCUGCAGCCAACAAAGAGGGGGAUUUGUCCGUGCUGGAGCAUGACAAGAAUCCGCUGGAGCCUGAGAAGAAGCCACCAAAGAGGAAGAAAAAUGAAAAAAGAAAAGUCCUGAGAGAAAAAGAAAUGAAAGGCGUAGAUGCUGACAUUGAGCAAAGCAUCAUGGGAAAAAAAGCCCGGACCAAACUUCCUGAACUGCAACAAUCCCCAGUAAAGUUUGAAGAUGUUGGCGGUAACGAAGAAACCCUGCGGGAGUUAUGUAAAUUACUUAUCCACGUGCGUCACCCUGAAAUGUACCAGCAGCUGGGAGUGGUACCGCCACGAGGUUUUCUUCUGCAUGGGCCACCCGGCUGUGGAAAAACCCUCCUCGCCCAGGCAGUUGCUGGGGAAAUGGAUUUGCCCAUUUUGAAGGCCUCUGCUCCAGAGCUGGUGUCUGGAAUUUCAGGAGAAUCUGAGCAGAAGCUACGUGAGCUUUUUGAGCAAGUUGUGAGCAGCGCUCCUUGCAUUCUUUUUAUUGAUGAAAUUGAUGCCAUCGCACCAAAGAGAGAGGUGGCCUCUAAAGACAUGGAGAGACGGAUUGUUGCUCAGCUACUCACCUGUAUGGAUGAUUUGAACUCCGUACACGCUUCAGCACAGGUCGUGAUUAUUGGAGCCACCAACCGGCCCGAUUCUUUGGAUCCGGCUUUGAGAAGGGCAGGCCGUUUUGAUAGAGAAAUCUGUCUGGGAAUACCAGAUGAAGAAGCACGACUCAAAAUUUUGCGUACUCUUUGUCGGAAGCUGAAGCUGUCAGCGGACUUCGACUACACUCAGCUGGCACGACUCACUCCUGGCUAUGUUGGUGCAGACUUGAUGGCGCUGUGCCGUGAGGCAGCCAUGACUGCUGUCAACCGGGUCCUCCUGCAGCAGCCAAAGACCAGCACCGAAUGUCAGGAUGCCACCGAUGUCCAUGACGAUCAGGUGGAGCUAGAGCAGCUGCUGUCUCUGCUGAGAAACAGCAAGUCUCUGAGUGAGGAACAGCUCAAUAAUCUCUGCAUUGUCAUGGACGACUUCAAGGAGUCGCUGGCACGAGUCCAACCAUCUGCGAAACGUGAAGGCUUCGCCACAGUCCCCGAUGUCACCUGGGAUGAUAUCGGCGCACUCCAAGAUAUUCGUGAAGAACUCACAAUGGCCAUCUUGGCUCCUGUACGUCACCCAGAGCAUUUCAAAUCUUUGGGAUUGAGCGCCCCUGCUGGAGUGUUGCUUGCUGGACCUCCAGGCUGUGGAAAGACCCUUCUUGCAAAAGCUGUCGCCAAUGAGUCCGGUUUAAAUUUUAUAUCCGUCAAGGGGCCCGAGCUACUAAAUAUGUAUGUUGGUGAAAGUGAGAAGGCAGUUCGGCAAUUGUUCCAGAGAGGAAAAAACUCUGCACCGUGUGUAAUCUUUUUUGACGAAGUUGAUGCCCUGUGCCCCCGACGUUCUGACCAUGAGUCUGGAGCCAGCGUACGCGUGGUGAACCAGCUACUAACGGAGAUGGAUGGGUUGGAGACGCGCCGCCAGGUGUUCAUCUUGGCAGCCACCAAUCGUCCAGACAUCAUUGAUCCAGCAGUACUAAGACCCGGACGUCUGGACAAAAUGCUGUAUGUGGGUUUGCCUCCACCACAAGACAGACACGCCAUAUUAAUCACAAUAACUAAGGGAGGAACUCGGCCUCAACUGGAUGAAGAUGUGAACUUGGAGGAAAUCGCUCACGAUGAACGGUGUGACUGUUUCACUGGAGCAGACUUGUCUGCGCUAGUAAGAGAGGCUUCCGUUAACGCUUUGAGAGCCCAACUAAUCUCUCACGCAGCACCCACAGGCCAUACAUUUACUUCUGGCUUUAAAAUACGGGUAAGCAGGCAAAAUUUUGAAGAGGCCUUCAUGAAGGUGCGCCCAUCCGUAUCCAGAAAGGAGCGGCUCAUGUACGAGACUCUGCAACAGUCUGUCAGAAGAUAGGACACGUUUUAUUUUUUUUUUUUACUUUUUUUUUUUUUUUAGCAUUUCCAAUAAACAUGAUUGUAAUAAUGAUUUGUGUAAAUAAUUUAUUCAUGAAGGAUAAUAA